GUAAUGAUGGUACCGUGCGUGUCAGUUGUGAGAUGACGGGUGGGUGAUGGCGAAUUUAUUAAUUGUCGCGAUCGCGAUUGUGGUUUUCUGUCAGGAAUAGGCUUGAAAACCGCGAAUGUGUAACACAAAUAAUACAGAACAUUUGAUGUAUACACGACAGUGUUGGCUAUUGUGUCGAUUUGUGGAAUAAAUAACGAAAAUGUAAAUGAUCAGCAUGUGUCACCAUUCAUCAACAAAUGUUUUAAUGAAAGACUGUUCAGUGGUCAUGUGUGGAAGGUUAUGACUGUCGUUGGGUACGCGAGUAAUUCAGGCAGUGUUUGUGUUGUGAAGUGUUGUUUAGUUUUUCUCUAGUGAAGGCGAUAAAUCUACUCUCAAAAUGGCGGACCUCGAAGCAGUGCUGGCCGACGUCAGCUACUUGAUGGCUAUGGAAAAGUCGAAAUGCACUCCUGCAGCACGAGCUAGUAAAAAAAUAGUUUUACCAGACCCAAGUGUACGGAGUGUUAUGCACAAAUAUAUGGAAAAGAAGAAUGAAGUUAAUUUCGACAAAAUAUUCAAUCAAGUAUUAGGUUAUUUAUUAUUUAAGGAAUUCUGUGAACAGACGUCAGAAGAACCAGUGCCACAUUUAAAGUUUUAUGAAGAGAUUAAAUUAUAUGAAAAACAAGAGUGCCCAGAAGAAAGGCGGCGAAUCGCGAGAGAUAUAUAUGACAAUUUUAUAAUGAAGGAAUUAUUAGCACACUCACAUGAUUAUUCAAAAGAAUGUGUAGCGCAUGUACAAAAAUAUUUAAUGAAGCACGAAGUACCACCGAAUCUAUUUGAGCCAUAUAUUGAAGAAAUCUUUCAACAUUUACGAGGGGAGCCAUUUAAAAGUUUCUUAGAAAGUGACAAAUACACAAGGUUUUGCCAAUGGAAAAACUUAGAAUUAAACAUUCAGCUUACAAUGAAUGACUUUAGCGUACAUCGUAUCAUCGGUCGGGGGGGUUUCGGAGAGGUUUACGGCUGCCGGAAAGCUGACACGGGCAAAAUGUAUGCCAUGAAGUGUCUCGAUAAGAAACGCAUCAAAAUGAAGCAGGGGGAGACGCUGGCCCUCAACGAGCGGAUUAUGCUUUCUCUAGUCAGUACGGGGGUGGACUGUCCCUUCAUCGUCUGCAUGACGUACGCAUUCCACACGCCCGACAAGCUAUGCUUUAUCCUGGAUCUCAUGAACGGCGGUGACCUGCACUACCACCUGUCGCAGCACGGCGUCUUCAACGAGGCGGAGAUGAAGUUCUACGCCGCUGAAGUUAUAUUAGGUUUGGAGCACAUGCACAAACGCCACAUAGUGUACAGAGACCUGAAGCCGGCGAACAUUCUGCUAGACGAGCACGGCCACGUGCGGAUAUCGGAUCUCGGACUUGCCUGCGACUUCUCUAAGAAAAAACCUCAUGCCAGCGUCGGCACCCACGGCUACAUGGCGCCCGAGGUCCUAUCAAAAGGCACCGGCUACGACUCGUCGGCCGACUGGUUCAGCUUUGGAUGCAUGCUGUACAAGCUGCUGAAAGGCCACUCGCCCUUCCGCCAGCACAAGACUAAGGACAAGCACGAAAUAGACAGGAUGACUCUCACAAUGAAUUACAACGUCUUCCAGAACGUGGAGCUGCCUGAAUCGUUCAGCCCAAGCCUCAAGUCGUUGCUCGAGGGGCUGUUGCAGCGGGACAUCAACAAGCGGCUCGGGUGCAAGGGAAGGGGCGCGGAUGAGGUGAAGGAGCACAUGUUCUUCGCGGGCAUCGACUGGCAGCAGGUGUACCACCAGAAGUAUACACCGCCGCUGAUUCCACCGCGUGGGGAAGUCAACGCGGCCGAUGCAUUUGACAUUGGCAGCUUCGACGAGGAGGACACUAAGGGAAUUAAGCUCACGGAAUCUGACCAAAUGCAGUACAAAGAUUUCCCACUGGUGAUAUCGGAGAGAUGGCAGUCGGAGGUGGCGGAAACGGUCUUCGAGACCAUCAACCAGGAGGCGGACAAGAUGGAGUCCAAGAAGAAGUCUAAGCAGAAGCAGAAGUUUGACGCGGACGAGAAAGAGUCCGACUGUAUACUGCACGGCUACAUAAAGAAGCUCGGCGGUCCAUUCGCCAGCGCUUGGCAGACGCGAUAUGCCAAGCUAUACCCGAACCGUCUAGAACUCCAUCUGGAGAACAGCGCCAAGCCUGAGAUGAUUCUUUUAGACUCCGUCGAGGAUGUAUCCUCCGAUUUCGUGUCGGUGAAGGGCGAGCAGUGCAUCGUGCUCCGUACUAGGAACGAUACGAAGAUCGUACUUACUAAUACGGACGAGAUCGGUCUGAAGGAGUGGGCGCUGUCGCUGCGCUCGGCGCACAAGUGCUCGGUGGAGCUGCUGGCGUCGAUGGCCAAGAAGGCGGGCAAGAUCUACGGCACCGACGGCGCCAAGGAGGGCCAGCCGCGCGCGCCCGCGCCCGCCGCCUCGCCCGCGCCGCGCGCGCCCAACGGGAACAACUAGCACGAGCUUCCCGCGCCCAACAAGGGCGCGAAGAUGUUCCGCCGCUCCAAGAGCGCCGCCCAGCUCAUCAAGUAGGCUGCGGAGGAACAUGCCCCCCGGGCCUCCUCGAGACGGCACCCAGAAUACGGACUUAAGCAGUGAAGCGACUUCGCCCGGUGCCCGUCGAGUGCUGUGUGCCUAUCGGAUCGGUGCAGUGAUUUGUGUCAAAGAGGUAAAAGUGCCGCUGACGGACUUGUGAGUGAAUUAAAAAAUUAUUAGCGGGGGCUUCGAUGGAACCGGUGCGAUUCGGUCGGGGGUCGGAGUCGCCCGUGUGAGGCUCGGUGCCGCUCGUGUGAUAGUUUUCCUCGUACGUGUUAGUGCCGUAGCGGGCCGGCGGCGCCGGCCGUAGCCGCUUUAGGUCCCGCCGAUUAUAACCGAACGAGUGCCGUUCGCAAUUUUAUUAUCGUACGAAUUAUUGUGAUAGGACCGAUCAAAUUGUAUAAACUUUUCCGUUCGCCCGCGUUGAUUUUCGAUCGUGGACGAUGGUGACUUUUGUAAUCGUUUGCACCGAUUGAAUUUUGUAAUUAUUAAUGUAACAUUCUGAAUGUUGUAUUUAACUCGGUAGGACGUAAUGUAAAAAAAUUAAUAACUUAUAAAUCGAGUAGAUAGUCUUAGUGAUACCCGCGUAAUAUGUGUUUGUGCAAUAGGUCGAAUCGAAAAUUAUAAGUACUAAAAUGAAAUGUAACUUAAACGUUGGCUCGGGUGUUGAUAUGUUAGAAUGUCGACCACUUUGAUGCCAAUUGAAUUGUUCGUUGUGCGUAAUUAUUAGAAGCUUCGAUUUAAUCAAUUUGUAUUCUACUAGAAAUUUCAGCACUUUGGUUAAUGCCUCUUGACUAUUGCACACAAAUAAUAACUGUUACGACCCUUAUUUUGUAUUGUCUCGCUCUCUCAUAAUGUUCCUCCUUAGUUAACGGUAACAAUACAUAAAGAUAGUAACUUACAAUACGACAUGUCGGUACUUAAACACUGCUUUUCUCUAAAGUCUUCAAACGUUUUGUAUUCAUUUUCAAUGUUAUUGAUAGUGAUAGAAAAUGUAAGUAGAUCUAAUAAAACUCUUUUUUCAUGUAAUAUUUAGAGGCAAUACUUUUCUAACAACAUUUAGGUGUGGUGAUUAAUAAGUUAAUAACAAUAGUUGUAAAGGCUAAAAUAUCGCAAACCGUUUAGGAAAAUUUUAAAGCAUGUUUUAUGUACAUCAAUUUAUGUGGGGAUUUAUUUAUUUGGCUUUGCCGCUGUGCGUCGUAUCCUUUUGUUAUUGACAAUGCAAUUAUGUGUAUAACCUUGUUUAUUAUGCUUCGUCUGAUGCAGAUUUAGUAAACCCUUAAAUCAGUCUACUAGCCUUUCUUAUGAUGUGAAAUAAUUAAGUUAAAACUACUAUCUUUAUAUUUCGACCAGCAGCUUUCAAAGUGAAACGUAUUCACAUGUUUUUAUAGCAAAAGUUAUUAUUUUUGUGUAUUAUUUCUGAAGCCCCUAGUUGGGUAUAAUAUUUUGUAUAGACUGCUUACAUUCUCAGGGAUGUUUUACGCCGUUAUUUUAAUGAUGCAAUGCUCGUAAUAUCUUAUCAACAAUAAAGUGACAUACAAUAUUGAGAAUGUAAACAUUCGACAUUUCAAUUAUCUGCUGUGCCUUUAGUUGUGUUGGUCAUGUAAAUCGUUUCCUAGAUAAUUAAUGAUAAAAACUUGCAUAAACAACUGGAGAAUUAGCAUAGUGUGACUAGUUAGGUAAUCCUCGAGUUCAUAGACUUUAGUCAGAGUCCAAUAUAAAAGCAAUAAAGAUGGAUCACUAUUUUGAUAUUACAAGUACUUUUUUUACGUUUCUAAUAUCUGAAGUUACUAUGCAUUAACUAUCUGUAGUGUACUAUUAAGAAAGCGGAAACAUUUAAGUUUUACGUCGUUUUUAAUAUUUGUAAGCAUUCGAACUCCAAACUCGCAGAUCUAGGCAGCAACGCGGCGUAACAUUGAAACAUUUGAAGAGGUCUCGCAGACAAGUCAUAGACAAGCUACCAAGGGGCUACCAUUAUCAGUGAGUUUGCAGUUUUAUAUAAUUGUUAUAUAUCGUUUCAUUUUUCGUUUUAUAUACAAUUAACUGUAAAUAGAAUAAUAGUAGGCUCAGCAUAAUCACACGAGAAAUAUAAUAUGCCACGGGGCUACCAAUAUGCAACAUUAGCUAGAAGUCGAGGUAAGAACUAGAGUGUGUCGUGGCCGUUCUUCACUAAGUAGAAAAUAUCGUAUUGAGCUUAGAAUAUCUAAUAAGAUAUAAAACUAUUUAGAUGCUAGUCAAUUGGAUUUUAUGGAACUGUUAUAAUCAAUUUAAUUAAUGAAGUUAUUAUGUACGUAUACAUUACAUAUUUAAUAAUAUUUAUAGUUAUUGUAACAGUUUGUGCAGUAUUAUAGGUUAGUUGUUUUGAUUGUAAAAAUCGUACCUCUUGUGAUAGGUUUCAUAAACAUUGGCACAUUUUUGUUUAAUUCGCAAUGUACUUUUUCAUGAGAAACUAUAUGCAUUCUUAAUUUUAUGUAUACGAUAAAUUGAAUCAAUGCGUCUAGUGGUGCUAUUAUUUUACAACCAUUAUACAGAUAAACAAGGCUGAGACUAAAGUAGCGAUAACUGCUUUAAAUCAGCAUGAAGUCAAACGCCAAAAUAUGUAUGUUCAUUCAACAUUCCGGUUUGCCAAAUUAGUUUGUAAAAGUAGAUUCUUUUUUAAUGCAUUUAAGAUUUUUUAUUCGUUUUUCACUCUGAUGAUAGGUAAUGAAGUAGUUUAGGCUACAUAAUUGUACAUUUAGACGACGAGGCUAGAUCUGCAUCAGGCGAGUGUUACGUACCUCUGUUAGAAAUAUUUUUAUUGUGACCUACAUUAUGUGUAGUAAAUUGUUUAUUUAAUCAA